ACCGUAUCCGUUAACAAGCAACCCACGUCCACGUGGCUUUUUUACUGAGCUUCUUAGCUUUAUCUGUAUACUAUCUCUACUCUCAAGAAAGAAAACAAAGCAAAAGCUUGCAGGUUAUUGACUCCAUUAUGGGCAAGAAAAGACUCAAGCCAGAGGAUCUCACAAAGAUACACAGGUUUCAAUCGUUCAGUGAGAGAAUCGCCAACAUCAGAAUAAACGUAGCUCAUAGAGUAACGCAGGCUACUGACUCGACAGAGGAGACUGAUACUUUCUUUGGUGAAGGUCUGGCGAAAUGGAGAGAGCUCAACUGUACUACAGAUUUUGUCACUUUCUCUAGGGAAACCCACAAACUGAUGGGCACUCUGCCUCAGCUCAUUCAUCACAAGGAUGAGAUUGCUGCCAAGCUCAAGCACUCUCUUCAACUGAAGCACACACUAGCAUAUGAGCCAUUGUUGGACUUGCUCGUACAGUUUGCCCGAGACCUGCAGGCGGAGUUCUACCCAUACUUCAAAGAGUUCUUCCCUAUCCUAGUAGCCAUGACUGACACACAGGACACAGAUGUCAUUCAAUGUGUUUUCACGAGCUUGGCAUAUCUGUUCAAGUUCCUAUGGCGACACAUGAUCAAGGACAUAGAGGCAGUGUUUACUAUGCACUCCAAAUUGCUGCUACUGAUCUCUGUAAAAGCUCACAUUCGACAGUUUGCAGUCGAAAGUUUCGGCUUCCUGUUGAGAAAAGUUCGUGAUCACAAUGCUCUCUUUGAUGUGAUAUUCAGACAAUUACUAGACAAUCCAGAGAUGACUGAGGGGGUGGGACAGUUGUUGUUUGAGAUGUGUCGCGGUGUCUCCAACCAGUUCCACUCAUGCACACACUCCGUGCUUCCCCUACUGCUCUCUAAGCUGGGCUCAGAAGAGACUGUCUUCCAGGCACUGUCCAAGAUGAUGCAACUCAUGGCUGAACACACAAGGAAAGAGUUUGCAAGUCCACUGUGGAAACCAUUGUUGAGUCAUCUGGGCAGUGUGUGUGGCGGUGGUGGCAGUGAGGAGCUGUCCUACAGCCUCCAUCUUAUUGGCAUCCUAGUCUCUUGGAGGAAGGGGAGUCGGAUUACUGACCUGGGACAACUAGUCGAGGCAAUUGUUGGGAUUUUAUCGAAUGCGUCACUUGAUCAGCCGACCCUGUCCGUAGCCGUACACCUGGCAGCAUCGCUAAUACUCGUUAUGCCUCACAUCUCCCACACCCCCACACUCCUCACAUCGCUUGUGAGGAGUGUGACUAGUGUGGGGGUGGCGGAGACCUGGCAAGUGGAGACAGUGAUACAAUUCUUCCAAGAACUAGCCGAGAAAUACCAAGAAUUCAAUAACGAUAUCCUGAGCGAAUGUGUGACUUUCUGCAACUCUGUGAUUCAACAUGGUGUGCAUAAUGACCUCAUUCUCAAGUUUUUAGCCGAGCUUUGCCUGCACUUUGACCCUCCAAGAUACACGCUCAAUAGUGGGGCCAAGCAACCAGCAUCGCCAUUCCUUCUUGACUUUGAGCAGCCACCACUGUGGAGUGUUGGUAAGAGAGGCAGUGACCAGGGAGGGACGGUGGUGUCUCUCCUGGUGGAGGCUCUGAGCUCCUGGGCUGAUUGUUUGGAGGGAGUGGAUAAUGGUGGAGAGUGUGAGGCACUCUGGGCAGUGCUCCUAGUGCUCAAACAUGUCAGACCUUGUCCUGACAAAGUUCUUGGUAAUCUUCUCGACCUUUACUGCCACCUGAGCGAACAGAGUGGGUGUGGCCAGCUCCUCCUCUCUCAGUGUGUGUCUGCAGUGGUAGCUCUCUGUCAUAGUGAUGCUCUGAAGGAGAAGCUCCCACUGGGUGGACUACUGGCGCUGAUUAAGAGGAGUCCUGGUUCCCUGCCCCUCCUUGCAUCAGUGGAGGAGUACCUCAGGGCACUGUUGGAUGGGGAUGCCCCUGAAGCUCUCUCUUCCGAUUGGCUAAUGGAGUUCCUAGCAACACUGCAAAACAACCUCUCCUCUCCCCACUCACUGGUUCGGCUGGUGACUCUAAGAAUUCUGUGUUGUUUCGAGCAACCUCCUCUCGUUAUUGUCGACCACCCCCUCACUAACAUGCUGGAGCUGUGCCUGAGGGCAGAGGAGACAUCCACACACCUGAACAUUUAUCGGAAGAAGAUCCUCUGGUUCCAGAAGCUCCAGUAUAGUCCAAUCAUGUCGCCAUUGCUGCCUGAUGCCUACAAAGAGGUUUCUCUGAAGUAUCUGAUUGGUUCGUUGUACAUCAACUUCAGUCUGAUAUGGGAUCCACUCGUAGAAAUUAUCGGUUCGCAUGCUUUCGGGGAGAACAUGAAGCUCUUCUGGAGUGUGUUUGGGAGCUUCCUCGAGAAAUCAUCAGAUAUUGCAGAGGGGGUUGGGGGUGUGGUUCAAUCCGGCUCUGAUGGCGCUAUGAAGUGGCACUCUUCAGUCGAGGAUCUGUUCCGAUAUUGGAACUUGAAGUUGGAUGGAAUGGAGUGUGGACGUGUAGACCAUGCCAACUUCAGACUGCUGCUCUGGAAGUGUGUCACUGGUUUGAAACCAAGUAUUGCCGAACCUCGUUCCAGAAUUCUCGUACCACUGGUUCUGAGAUUUGUCAAAAAUGAGUAUUCCCUACAAGAAGACAACUUGAUGGAAAUGCAGGACUUGAGGAAAGAGAGUCGGCAGCUGACACUGUGUGAAGCUGGUGUCACUAACGACGACUCUAAAGCAUCACCUGAGCAGAACAUAGACAGUAGUAGUCACCGGAAAAGUUUGUACAAGACACUGGUGAUUAUGUUGACUGCUUUCUCUAAGUUCAAGAACGCCAAGACUUUCUAUAGACAAGAGGAGCUGAAGGAACUGUGUAUGAAGCUGCUCACACACAAACUGCCUGAGGUGCAGAAGCUGGCCCUGGCCUGUCUCAUGACCUACAAGCCGCUCUACCUCCUUCCUUAUAGAGAAAAUUUCGAGCGAAUUUUGGAAGACGACAGUUUUCGUGAGGAACUGAGUAGUUUCAGCUCUGACAGCAGCUGCUCUGUGGUGAGCUCUGAACAUCGGGAACAGCUGCUACCCGUCCUGGUUAGAUUGCUGCAUGGGCGGAUGCAGAGGCUGGGGAGUCACGAGUCAUCACGAACAGGGGGUAGCUCCAGGCAGGGGACAGUGCUGCGGUUUCUGGGGGGCUGUGAGGAGGGGGAAAUGUCAGAGUUCAUCAAGCUACUGACCCUCCCUUUUCAAGAACUAAAGAAUCUGCCUGAGUCCAGUACUGAGCGUGCAGUGAAUCCAGGUCAUGUGAUCCCAUUGAAGAAGCAGCAGGGCUUUCUCAACCUGCUAGGCCAGAUGUUCUCAACCGUUGGACAGAAGAUGAAGCCCUACCUAAACGUCAUCUUCCCCAUUCUCCUCAACUUAGGAGUCAGUUGUACAACUCUCCUCAGCCAGAGAAACGAGAUUCAGCCUCACUUAGUGAGUGCUCUAAAGGCCCUCAGGCAACUCAUACUUGGAAGGGUGUCAGAGUGUUUCGAUAUUUUCUUGGACUACGACUUUGGAGACUACACAGAGAGUGUGCUGGGUAGCCUAGUGUGGCCACAGUUGCCACGGCUACCUCAAGAGUGUGUGCAGAGUCCCACUGCUCUCUUGAAGCUACUGUACACCUGGACCCUACACAACCAGUACUUCUAUCUCCUAAAGACACCACUCCCACCCUCUGUUCUCCGUGAUGCACCCUCCACUUGUGUGCAGUCCUCUAUCCUGGGCUUUGUGUACAGCUGCCUCUGUACUAAUGGCGUCUCUCCCACUGUCUGUGACUACAUCCUCCAGAUGACACUCAACCUGCUCUCUGAUGAUAUUGACUCUCCUGGAGAAGGCCCUGGGGCAGAGAUGGUUGUACCACAAAUUCCUGUAAGAGAGAGCCCUGGAGCAGAGAUGGUUGCACCACACACCACCGGAAUCUUGGAGUAUCUUCAACGAUCAAUCCAGGAGAAUUUGAAGCCAGACAAGCAAGGAGCUAAGCAAGGAGCUAGUCUGCAGCUGGCAUUCUCUCUGUUGUCCAAGAUCAGUGCAUUCGUAAACAACCCAGCUCAAUCAAGGCUUCUAGUUCAAUUGUUGCUGCCUUUCUUGACAAAGGCAUCGUACAAGUAUAAAAAGUUCGAGGAGCAAAUCCUACUUGCAUUGAACAAACUGAUUGCAUUCUGUGGAGAUGUGCCAUACAGGCCUUUCUCAGAAUUGUUUGGGACUCUUAAGAACAGAAAGAGCAGAGCUCUUCUUUGUGAUAUUUUUAAGGAGAUUGCAAAGAAGGAUAGCAUCUGGUGCAGCACAGCUGGGAUUGUCUACAAGCUGAAUGCGUGGGACACCAAGCGUAUCGAUGAGCCAGAUUACGAUCUGAGGCUAGAGGGGUUUAAGGAAGCCACAGAACGCAUAUCUGUGCUCGGUACUGGGGGAUUAUCCUGGUCAUGUGAUCUCCUGGAAACGACCCUGCCUAUAGUGGAUAAUGUACUCUUCUUUCUAAUGGAAACUGAGGACAUGUCUAUAAGAGACGGAGCUGCCAGCUGCACAUCGAGUCUUAUCAAUCACAUCACUCUACACGAUAGCGAGGCUUUCAAGACCAUAAUUCUUGGAACCACACUCAACGCCAUCAAGCAAGGAUUACGCUCAAAAACUGAAUUUGCCCGCAUCGAGUCAAUAUCAGUUCUCUCCCAGUUGGUGAAGGCUUAUCCUACCCACCCUCGGUUCUCUGAUCUGGUUGCCCUGGGUCACCACGAGGCAGAGGCGGACUUUUUUGAGAAUAUCAAGCACAUACAAUUGCACAGGCGGACUAGGGCAUUCAGGAAGCUGGCUAGUGUGUGCUCUGAAGGUGAUGGUGUCAGUCAGGCGGCCUACAUGUGGUUCCUGCUGCCUCUGGCUAACCAGGUUGUGUUCAAGCCUACAUCCAAUACUGAGCAGAACCUUCUGGCCGAGGCUGUGAACGUGAUAGCCGCCAUUUCCAUGCAUCUCAACUGGACCAACUACUGCUUCAUACUCUCUCACUACCUCCGCCAACUCACCAAACAAAUCGAUAUACAAAGAUCGCUCGUCAAGGCUGUGGUAGCUGUUUUGGACAACUUUCAUUUUGACCUGUCUUCUGUCACCCACGAGGACACCCAAGCCAUCAAACCACACCUCAUUACUACCACACCCACUGAUGGCAAACACCCACCCCCUGUUGAGAAUGGGGAGGAGAUUGGUCAGGAAACUAGAAAGUCUGAAGUCAAGGAGGACGAAGCAAUGGAGGUGGAGGAGAGCUUACCAACACCAGCUGUCGACAAAGAUGAGACCGACAAAGAUGCUCUGAGCAAGAACACUGUCAGGAAGAUUCUCAAGGCUAUCGUCCACACCAUCAUCCCCAAUCUGCAGAAAGUGCUAACCAAGAGAAUUGAUGUGGCGGGACAUAAGUUGAGCUCCCUUGCGCAAAAUGAGGACUCUGAGAUACUGAGAGUUCCUAUUGCCAUGGCAAUGACGAAACUGUUGUUGGCCCUCCCCGAAGAGUCGCUGCAUACCCACUUACCCAGCCUCUUGCUCAAGGUGUGUCAGACUCUCAAGAAUCGUUCGCGUGAGGUACGUGACGUGGGGAGAGGGACACUGGUCAAGAUGGCAGCUGCUCUCGGCCCACGCUACCUACAGUAUAUCGUCAAGGAGAUGAGAGAUGCUCUAGACAGGGGCUACAUGCUGCAUGUACUCGGCUACAGCCUCCACUCUGUCCUGCGUGGGCUGAGCCCCCACCUGAUGUCAGGUGACCUGGACCCCUGUCUGGAGUUGGUCAGCUGUAUCCUAACAGAGGACCUGUUUGGGGCGCCGGCCGAGGAGAGAGAAGUGGGAGCCAAGAUACCCGAGGCCAAGACCCCUCAGAGCUAUAACUCUUACGAGAUCAUGGGGGCCUACCUCUCUCCCACACGCUUACCCGACUUGCUGCUGCCAGUGAAGCAGAAGCUGGAGGGUGGUGUGAGUGCCCACACAGUGCAUGCUGUGGAGGAGGUCUUCAGGAGGGUGGGCCUAGGGAUCCAUAGCAACCAGGCACUCUCCCCUCAGGCACUGCUAGUCCUUGUACACGGACUCCUCUCUAACUCCGUACCUCAGCUCUCCAGCAAGCCCACCAGACCUGUGAAAGCUACUAAAGCUCCUAGUCUAAGACCUCCUGACUCGAGACUCCUCCCACCAACACCACAACGAACUGGUGCCAAGACUGUUGCCGUUAGUAACACGGCAGCUAAUGUCGUCUCAGAGUUUGGAUUGCAGUUGUUCCACACGGCCCUAAAGAGAGGAAAAUUCGACACAUCUUCUGAGCCUCAGCUGGCAAUGCUGGACCCGUUUGUGCCUCUCAUAGUAGCCGCCCUCUCAUCUCGCCAUAUCAUGGUCAUCUCCCGAGGGUUACAAUGCAUGGUGUGGUUGCUACGACUACCAUUGCCCAGUCUUCCCUCCGCUGUGGACGAACUCUCCACCAAGCUGUUUGAGUUGCUACGGCAAUACGCCCGGGCAGGUGCUGCCAUGGGGGCCAACAGAGAGCUGGUCCUAUCAGCCUUCAAGGCAAUGACAGUGAUUGUUAGGGACUGCAAGAAGCACACGGUGUCAGAGGAUGAACUGAAGCUACUGCUCAGCUUUGUAGAGGAGGACAUUCAUGACUACCAGAGGCAGAGCACAGCCUUCCCACUACUCAAGGCCAUACUGGGUAGGAAGCUAGUGGUGACAGAGGUGUAUGAUGUCAUGAUGAAGGUGUGUCAGCUGUCAGUGACUAGCGACUCGGAGCACGUCAGACAGCAAUGUAGACAGUCUGUGCUGAUGUUUCUGAUGGAUUAUCCACUGGGAAAGAAGUUGAACAGAUACCUUGACUUCUAUGUCUCUAACCUAAGUUAUGAAUGCCAGAGUGGCCGGGAAUCUGUUCUGGAGAUGUUCUCUUCCAUGUUCACCAAGUUCCCUGAGAAAAUGGUCCAACGUCACUCGAGUUACUUCUUUGUUCCGCUAGCGUCCCAGCUGAUCAACGAUGAGACCCCUACCUGCAGACAGAUGGUCGCCCAGACUAUCACACUGCUCUUUGGAAGGCUGGACUCGUCACGGAUCAAUGAUGUCAUCUCCAUUCUGAAUGUGUGGAUUGAGAGUGACAAUCUGCUACACAAGAGACUUGGUAUACAGACGUUGGGUAUACUGAUAGAGGUCGAAGGUCAACACUUUGAGAAACGUGUCUCAACCUACCUACCUCAACUAAUAGACAGUUUAACUCUUUAUGAUCCGAAUCAUAACGAAGGCAACAAAACAACCGUCAUUAAGCAAAGUUCUGAACGUAUUAUAGAAAGCAGUACUACUGAAGAAAAUUGUUCCUCUACCGUUGAUGAUUUUCUUGAUAAUCUCCUUGGCGAUGAAGAAAUGGAUGCAAUAGAAGACACGCCAAUUGAAGAGGGAGUGACUCUUGAAGACAAUAGCGGGUUGGAUAGAGUGGAGGAGCCGGGAGCAGAGUUGUUGGGGGGGGCCUCUCUAGACCACCUCCUGUUCACCGCCCUCACCACUAUACGCAAGCUGUGUGCUGAGUGCUCCCUGUGGAGGGGACCCAAGGACGCUCAUCACAUGACACGAAUGUGGGGAGUAGUGGUCCCCCUUGUGCUCCACCCUCAUGCGUGGGUGCGUCUAGCAGCCUCUCAGUUGUUUGGUCUCCUCUUCUCUGCCUACACACCUGACGAGUUGGUCUCCAUGGCAAUAUCUGGGUCCGAUGCUAAGAGAAAGAAGAGCCGGAGAAGCAAGAGUGGAGAGACACCAUUGGAAUACAUAGUGGACGAUACAUUGAUAAAGAUUCAAGAAUUAUCGCAUUCUUUCUGCACUCAACUGUGGUCUCCCAUUCUGAAGCCCGACCUAGCAAACCAGGCUGUCAAGAAUCUGGUAUUCUGUGCCAAGGUGUUACAUCGAUUCAGUACCCAUACAGACCACACCCCCUCAGUACGAGAAGAGGGAACACCUGCCAAAGAUCUCUCGUGGCUCAUUGGACAGCUGUCUAAACUAGCCAGGUUUGAAGCUGGUCAUCAUCCAAAGCAAUCUCGAAAGCGAACGUGUGUGCUCCAGUGGACUGCAGCUGUGUGUGUGUACCUGGGGGUGGAGCAACUCCCUGACUACCUCCCCUCUUUGCUGGCUCCUAUCUACAGGGAGCUGUCAGACUCUAGUAAGAGAGCAGGGGAGGAGCUGUACAGUCUGGCACAGGAGGUGGUGGACCUAAUAAAGGGUGUGUGUGGGCGAGAGGCUUUCUCUACUGCCUACGCUCGAGUCCACCAGAGCGUGAGUGGAGUGAGAGACAAGAGAAGGAUGCAAGCUGCCCUCGAGGCUGUUGCUAAUCCAGAGAAGACUAUUCGAAGAAAACGGAAGAAGAACGAGUUAAAGAAAGCUGCCAAGAAAAUGAAGAUUCUUCGCAUUAGACCUGACUCAACUGCAGCUGCUCUCUUUGAGAGGAAAGGCAAACACAAACAUGAUCAGUGUUAGGAAUGAGUUGUGUCAUUUGUGUCUACUCUGUGUACAUUUGCCUUCCCCGUGUAUAAUAUAUAUGACACCCUUUGCACAUUUUCAGAUGUUUGCGUUCAAUGGUAAA